UAAUUUCUCACUGGGAGAGCAGGAGUAAAAGCAAGACCAUAGGAUAUUACAGUUAUAGAUGGGAGAUCAUACUAUUCUCUCGAAUCCAGCUCGAUUACUCGCUCUGCUCUCGUUAUCGUAAGCACCCAUUGAGUCGCUCCACGACCUCAAUUUUUCGGUGUUAUUGCGCCUCGUAACGGAGACUUUAGAACUAAACUCAGAGGUAGAAAUAACGGGUUUUAGUAUUUCUUAGAUUCCUUUAUAUUUUCUGCAAAAAUAACGGGUUUUAGAUUGUGUUCUUGAGACUCCUCUCUUAUUCACUGUCAAUAAAAUUAAUUUAUCCUUUGCUCGAUCUGCGCGCGUUGCAAAUAUUUGCUAGUAGAUCCUACUGAGCUCGAGAUAUUGAAGAGGCCAUAUCAAUGCGCUCGGUCGCUUCUUUUACGUUGAUGGUGGUGAAAGAGAUUGAUUUCGCAUGCUCGACCGUGGUGAGAGAUCUUCGUCUUCGCCGCUCGUCGACCAGUACAGUCGAUCCAUGUUUGUCACGUACCGGCUGAUCGACGCUACGUUACCAGCUUGAUCCUCGCGGGAUUUGCAAGCUCUUUCGAAGAGCAAUACGUUUUAACGCGCACAGUGGCAUCUCCCUCCCACGUUUCUAUCGUCCCCUCCUCUCUCCUCUCACUCUGUCUCUCUCCCAUCUCUGUCUCUCUCCCACCUCUGUCUUUCUCUCCCUCUCUCUUUCAUUCUACGUGCUGCGGACUUUUUGGGAUCUCUUGAGUAGGGCGCAAAUGCACACGAGCGCGACGCGCAGAUAGGAACGUAGGAACAGAGAGAAACGAGCAGCCGGAUAAAACGAGCGGGUGAGCGAGUGAGCGAGCAAGCGAGCGAAGGCGCGCGCGUGCGACGUCUCGCCGUACGAGGGCUGAGAACGACGACGCAGCGUGCUUCGCGACGAACGGAGAGAGAGAGAGACGAAAACGCGGUAUGGAGACCCUCGAGUCGAGCCGCGUGUGCCGCCUUUGCGGCCAGCAGUCCGGCAUAUCCAUCAAUAUCUUCGACGAGAAUGAGAACCACGUCAGGAAAAUCAACGCGAUGCUGCCGAUCAUGGUGCAUGAGAUGGACCUGCUGCCGAAGCAUAUGUGUCAUCGGUGCAGCUACAAACUGGAGGAGUUCCACAAAUUCUACAUAGAUAUCCUGAAGACGGACGCGACGCUAAAAGGCCAGCUUUCGUGGAUGCAGAAAGGUCGCGGUAGAGAGAAGAUCGGUGUACCAAUGGUGCAUAUCGAGAACGUGAACAUCAAAACGGAGCCGUUGGACUAUGACGUGUACGAGCUGGAGCCAAUAGUCGAAAACAUCGACUACAUCAACUCGAUGGCAAACUCUGUGGCAUUCCCAGCCAGCUGCAUUCGCGAGGGUUUGACGUACGCGGCGUUCUCACGUUGCCGAUGUUGCUGUGAUAAGGACCAAAGCAGGCGAAGGACUACGGCGGAACGGCUGUGUCGGAAUUACAAGGGCUCGGUGUCGAGGUGCGCCGAGAUCGCGGAUGAUCCACGGCGAAGAACUGCUCUCGAUGGUGCUUGCGUCAGAUUGAGGUCAACCAGGAGGAAAGUAUUCGCACGUGCUACGCUUCAGGACCGGCCACGAGACCAUCUGUCGCACCUCGAAAGCGCCGUAGAAGAGGCGCGAGUUUGCGUCACCAACACGAAAACCAAAGACAUGCCCGCUCUGAACACGCGGGAUCAUUUUCACGACAGUAGAUACGCAACAAAUGCUGGAACGGCCCUCCAGGUAGCUGAUUUUUCCAGGAGUACCUUGGUGAGGAAUCUGAGACCUAGGAAAAACUUGGUGAAUUACGCGAUGAGCAAGAAGCAAGCGUCGAGCAAUGCUCCGGGACCAUCUACGGGGAACAAGACAAAUCUCGUUACCUCGAAUGUAACUCCCGCCUUGGACUUCGAGCUGACGCGGCAGAUCAAAGUGGAGCAAUUGGAGUUAGAGGGACGCACCUUGAGACCGAGGAAAUACGUUGUAGAUUAUUACGGACCUAAGAGAAAGAGCGUAACGUCAGAAUUGGUGCAUCGCGAGCAGGAAAAGGAAUCGCAGCUACCACAUCGCACGAAGAGACGCAAACUGGAGGACGUAAGUCGGAAUUCAAAGCUACAAUCGAAAGACAAGAAUACUCCGAACGAUCUGGAGAUGAUGAUAAAGAAGGAGAUUUCGGACGAUCUUGAUAAUACGAUUCUCGGCGAAACGACCAGUACGAUGUCUACAUUGCCGAAAAUCGCCGAUUUGCCAGCGAAGAUGAAAGCGUUGGCUACCGAUACCGGUGUCAAUCUGCGAGACAAUGUGAACUAUCUUAGAACAAACCGAUCGCAAUCCAGUGGUAAAUUCCAGCUGGUUAAACGAAAGCCAGUCGUUGCCAAUGGCACCGAGAAUAGGCUCAAAAAAUCGAAUAAAAUCGGUCGUUUAUCCGCGGCGAAUUAUUCGCCCAAAUAUCUGAGAAGUCAGGACACCUACCUAAGAAAUGGUAAAACGCGGAAGUACGAUUACGUGGAAUGGUCGAUGAAGAGGCUGCGUACGAAGAAACUGAUGCAUGCGGUCGCGAAGAACGCAAAGAAGGUGCCGGCGAUGCUGAAAUUGGCCGAGAGCAUCAAGCAUUAUUGCGAAACGUGUAAUGUUAGCUUUAUGAACAUGGAACUAUUUAGGUUGCAUGCGUGCUAUUACGAUUGAUUUUCUCUUUUAUCAUGUGAUUUUCGAGCUACCGGAAUACGAAAGGCGUCGAAAAAUUUAAGACGAUUAUGGCUUUCUAAAAUGAAAAGAGACAUUCGAUAGAAUGACAAAAAGUUUUGUCAUUCUAUCGAAUGACGUCAAGACAGAUAAUUAACAUUUAUCAUUAUCGAAGAUUUUUCGCGAUUGAGAGUGCACACAUAUAUAUUCAUAUAUAUACAGGCGAUGUUAAUUUCCAUUACCCGGGUAUCUCGUUCUUGCAGUGGGAAGAAUUCCACUUAUAUUCAAGUAUCUGGAAGAUAACGGGAUGAUUAUCCCUAAAAAAUGUGCCUCUCUGCCUCUAAAAAUUUUAACGAAUUUCUAUUAAUUCAAGAUAUUUUCACAAUAUUAGUGUCGACUAUUUGAUAUGUAAUUUUUUUUCCUUUCACAAAAUUAGAUCUCGAUUAAGAACAUUAUGAACGAAGAUGUGUGCAUAUUUAUUUACGAAUUUAUGGUGCAUUAAACUAUGACAAUUGUCACGACAUACGCUUAAGAUUUUAUGUAGUAAUACACGAGUCGCCUUCAGAGAAUAAGAGUAUAUACAUAUACACACAUAUAUAUACAUACAUAUAUAUAUACACAAUAUAUAUGUAAUAUAUAUAUAUAUAUAUAUAUAUAUAUAUAUAUAUAUAUAUAUAUAUAUAGAGAUAUAUUUUAUGAAAUAUGAAAAAAAAAAAAAAUAUAUAUAUAUACCGAAAUCGAUGAGACCAUGUGAUAUGUUGUAGAAAAAUAAGAACUGAUUUUUUGGAGGACCUUCGCGAUAUAUAAAUCAGCGUACGUACUAAUUGAGUAUCUUUUUGCGUUGUUCGGAAAUUUUAUACAUCAACCUCGACGUGAAAUAAAAAAUUGUGUAAAAAUAUAUAUUAAUAAUGUAUGAAUAUUUAUAUUUUCUUCACAAUAGUUUAACGCAUACUAUGUAUUUUCUUUUAGAUCAGCAUCAUGAUAGAGAAUAUUAUCGAUGUACCAUUAAAAUUAAAUUAUAAAAAAAAGUGAUUCUAUGUGUUUUAUACUAAAUGUGGUUUAUACUAAAUUAUGAAGAGCUAAUAGUAAAAAAAUGUGCAUACAAAAAAAAAUUUCCAUUUUUUAAAAAGACUUUAUAGAGAUAAGUCCUCUAAUUGCGCAAUGAACUUAUCAAAUAACUAAGUACGCUAUUAUUUUAGUAUUAUUCACGAAACAUUAUGAAAUAAUAUUUUUAUAUCACAAUCAAUUCACAGUGACUUGUUGCGGCACUAACUGCAUUGUGCAAUCUCUAAUUGUUGCAAAGUGUUUCUCCGAAUUAUCCGUCUGUUAAUAUGCAAAUAAAGAGAUUGUUAUUUAGUAAA